AUGAAGAACCCGAUGCUGGAGGCGGUGUCCCUGUGGUUGGAGAAGCUGCUUCUGAUCUCCAACUUCAGGCUCUUCAGUUGGGACUCCCCUGGCGGCGACAAGGAACAGAAGGGUUUCUAUGAGGUCAGCUCUUUUCUCCGCGGCGACGUGCUGGAAGUGCCCCGGACCCACCUGACCCACUACGGUAUCUAUCUGGGAGACAACCGCGUCGCCCACCUGAUGCCUGACAUCCUGUUAACCCUGACAGACCACAAGGGCCGCACGCAGAAUGUGGUCUCCAACAAGCGUCUCAUACUGGGCGUCAUUGCCAGAGUGGCCAGCAUCCGUGUGGACACCGUGGAAGAUUUCGCCUACGGAGCUCACAUCCUGGUCAAUCAUCUGGACGAGACCCUGAAGAAGAAGGCGCUGCUCAAUGAAGAGGUGGCGCAGCGGGCAGAGAAGCUGCUGGGUGUCACCAGUUACAGUCUGCUGUGGAACAAUUGCGAGCAUUUCGUGACCUACUGCAGAUACGGCACCCCGAUCAGCCCCCAGGCGGACAAGUUUUGUGAGAUUGUGAAGAUCAUCAUUCGUGACCAAAGAAGCGUUCUUGCCUCAGCAGUCUUGGGAUUGGUGUGUGUCAUCUGGAUGGGCCUGGCCUCUUACACCACUCUCCCUGCCAUCUUCAUUCCAUUCUGCCUGUGGAUGGUUGGCUAA